AAUCUUUACUUUAAAAAAAGUAUAUUUUAAAAUUUAAUUAUUGUUGUUACAUAUUGAAAUGAAUUUGGUUAAAUCCUUGUUUUCUUAUUAUUUAUUUUACUGAAUAUCGCGAUCUUGAAAUUCUUAAAAAUUGUUUGUUUCAGGGAGAAAGGAAUUGCAAGCUUGUCCAACGAAAUCGAGUCUCCGCCAUCAAGCAGUAACAGCUUUUAUGGAGUUAGAAGAGCCGAUUAUUAAUGCUAUUACUGAAUUAUCGUAAUGGUUUGAAAGAAAUAUUUCCUCAGAAGCAAGAAUUGGAUUCAAUACUUAUUCCAAAAUUUUUUUUUUAUUAGAAUAUGAAGGAAGAUGAAAAUUCGCUUUAUUUACCAAAGUUUUUAUCUCCUUUCGAAUCGCUCCCCAACGUAAUUGAAGAGGAAUACGCAGAUUUUCAAAGCCCAAUAUCGCCUGCCGAUGACGAAAAUAUCAAAUCGGAAUGGUUUCAUAAGGACAAACCAUUGAAAAUAGGCUCAAGAUAUGAUGCAUUUUUGGAAGAUGGAGUCGUGGGUUUAUGCAUCAAUCCUGUCUACGAAUCAGAUUCAGGUGACUAUACUUGCGUUUUAACUAAUAAACAUGGUUCAGCCAAGCAAAGUGCUACACUUACAUGCAUAGACAAAAGCAAACCCAUCAAUAGACAUCCAUUUCGUCGAUCCAGUAUCCAAGAAAUAGAUACAUUUCCUGUUUCCGGGAAAAAUAAUGAUUUAAUAUCCGCGCCUACAAAAGAGCCCGAUCUCAUCUUAACGCGACCUUUAAAUCCUAAUUACACUGUUAACGAAAACGAAAAUAUAAUCCUAGAUUUCGUGAUAGAUGUCUCAAUCGAAAACCUGAACGCCAAUUGGAACGUCGAAUGGUUUCACAACGGAAACCCAUUACUAUCAGGUGACCGAUUCAAACCAAUAUUCGAAUAUGGAAUAAUCGGUCUUAAAAUAUCAAAAGUUUCUACGUGCGAUAAAGGGCGAUACGUUGUUAAGGUAUACGACAAGACAAAAAAUGGUAAAAUCUUACUCAAAGAAUUCGAGACGUUUCUGACAGUUAACAUAUUUUAUAUUUGGGCAGAACCUACUGAUGAGUCGAAUCUCAUCUUAACGCGGCCUUUAGAUGCUAAUUACACGGCGAAUGAAAACGAAAAUAUAAUGCUGGAUUUAGCGAUAGAUGUCUCAAUCGAAAAUCUAAACGCUAAUUGGGACGUCGAAUGGUUUCACAACGGAACCCCAUUACUAUCUGGCGAUCGAUACAAAGCAAUAUUUGAGUAUGGAAUAAUUGGUCUUAAAAUAUCAAAAGUCUCUCCUUGCGAUAACGGAAAAUACUGCGUUAAAGUUUACGAUAAGACAGAGAAUGGAAAAAUCUUACUCGGAGAAUACGAAACGUAUCUGACUGUCAACAUCGAAUCUAACGUACUUAGUGAUCCCAUUUGUGUGAAUAGCUUAAAACAAAUCAAGCAAUUAGAGGCAUGGGAAAAUCCUAGUACAAGAUAUGCUCUUUUACACCCCGGUCGACCUUUACCGCGACCCGAUAUUAUAAAGGAACUUAUAAGACGAAGAAAAUCGGCAAAAUCAUGAAAUUCAAAACUGAUUAAAAUUUCUAUACUUUUAGAAAAUAAUAAUAAUAUUGAAAUAAAAAAUCCUUCCUUAUUUUGGCAGAUGAAGAUUAUAUAUAUAUUAUCAUCAUUUGCUUAGAAAAAUAAUACAAAAAAGUUAGUAUUCAAAUGAAUGCACUAAUUGAUUUACAUCGGUUUAAUAAAUAUAUAUAUUUUUUAUUUCAAACAAUUCUGUAAAUAACAUAUUUAUUUAAAAAUAAUGAUUAGAUUCAAUUUAUUUUAAAAUAUCAUACUAUAAAUCGGUAACGAUUUUUUUUAUUGAUGUAUACAAUUAUAAAACCGGCGAAAUUA